AUGAAAACUAAUAAAUAUAAACUCCAAUCGGAACCUAACACACUCUUUGCUUCUUCUAUUGUGCAUGUUCUUAUAUGGUUCAUAAUACGGUGGUCAAUUGUCAAUGAAAAUGCAGUACUAACUUUACCUUUCAUUAUAUGGCGUUUUGCAUAUCCGCCUGCAGGCCUACUUCUUGCCUGA